AUGGCAUCUCAAGGCUCGUCUGACCCGAUUGACUACGAGAAACUGGUCCGCGAGCAGCAGGUCCAGAUCAAGGAACUUGAUCAGGAGCUUCGCGACAAGAUGCAGGAGAUUCAAGACCUGAUCGAAGCCAGAAAGACGAGAUCAAAGGGUAUGGACAAGAUCUACGCUAUUACUGAUCACGAUGGCGAUGAACUUCAGCGCGCCGCAGAAACAAUCACCCGCGACGACGUGUUCGAGAAGCUCCGCAAUGGCUACAUGGCCGCUCUCCACUUCAAAGGCAAGGGACAAGACCCCAUUGAGUUUCAGCAGCUCCGCGAUGGCUACAUUGCCGCUCUACACCUCAGAGAGGAGGGACAAGAUCCCGGCAAGAUUGCCGAAACCCGGAACCUGAUUGCUUCCAGAAAGGAAGAGGUCACCGAGCUGAUCAAGUCACAAGGACUGUCGGAGCUGUACGAAGGAGACAAGACCAAGAUUCUUGAGCACCCCGCCAUCAAGCAAGCCAUGGCUGCCCUUGCUCUUACCGUCGACAUGGAUGAGUCCGCUCUUCCUAAGGAUUCAUCAGAGUGUGAGCGCAAGCCCAACAACUAG